AGCUGAAAAUGUUGAAAUAUUUGCUCGCAAGCGUGUACAGCAGAUACCUACUGAGUUUUCCCAAUAAAUCUCGUCUUUAAACAACAAAAUAUAAAAUUUUGGGUUAUAGGAAUUGGUUGGCAGUCCUGUUCAAAAAAAUACAGGUGCAGCAACAAUGGUAUCGCAAUCCAAUACUUCCAAUGAAUUGUACAAUCUUCGGUGGAAUAGUUAUUUUUCAAAUUUGAUCAAUAUUUUUACGGAACACCAAACUCAAGAAACUUUAGUUGAUGUAACUCUUGGCUGUGAAGGUCAGUUUAUUAAAGCACAUAAACUUGUUUUAUCAGCUUGUAGUAUAUAUUUCCAGAAAAUUUUCCAAACCCAUACAACGCCACAACUUUUAAUUCUGUUAAAUGAUGUCAAAUUUGAGAACCUACGACUAGUUAUACAAUUCAUGUACAAAGGUGAAGUAAAAGUAGCGGAUGCGGAAAUGCAACAAUUUCUACAACUAGGCAAAAUGCUGCAAGUUAAAGGCUUAUGUUCUGUGGAACUCCAUGAAAAACAAAAACAAAUCAAUAAUGAUGCAAAAAAAGAAACUGCUGUACCACCUGAGAAAAGUACAAAUGAAAAAUUAAGACUUCCUGAUGAUAAGACUAAUAUGCCUAUUAAGAUUGUUGAGCAUGAACACAUAGAUUCUAAGCAAACUCCUUUAUUAAAAAAGCGUAAAUUACCGUCACCAGCACCUCCAGAUCCUAAGAAAAAAAAUUUAACUUCAACCCCUGACGCGUCCAGUGAUACAAAGAUGAUUGAAAAAUUUUCACCAAGCAGCCCUGUAGAUGACAGAGAUACAAAGAAUGAGAAAAAUAUGUUGUCUUCAAGUUCUGUUAGUGGUAAAGAUGUUUCACGUGUUCCGCGCCCACCAAAUGCUUUCAUGAUUUUUGCAAACCAGUGGCGAAAAAAACUGGCUGUAGAAUAUCCAAAUGAAAGUAACAAAGAUAUUUCAGUUCGACUAGGAAAUAUGUGGAAAUCGUUAUCUCCAGAAACAAAAGACGCUUUUUAUGAAGAUGCAAGAAAAGCUGAUGAGGAACACAAAGAGAAAUAUCCUGGGUAUUACUAUAGUCCUAAAGAAGCCAGACAUCGAAAAGCUAUAGCAAGUAUUACUAGAGCAGUACACAAACUAGACCAGUUGUGCAGAAAUGACUUGAAUGAUAUUACUGAGCCUGAAUUUAUUGAAAUAAAAUGUGAAAAUGAUUUAGAUAGUGGACGUUCUACUCCUAAGAGUAGCAACUCACAUUAGAAACAAAUGUGAUAUUCUAAUAGGAUUCAUAGAAAUCAGUUGCCUCACGUAUUGAGGUUGACGAGACAGGAUAUUUCAUAUCAGGAAAGAGUGACAGCUUCUAAUUUGGUAAUUUAAAAAAAUGUACUUUGAAAGUACUUUUUGUCAUUUUAAUAACUCGAUGGUGUAAAAACAAAAAACUAGAAUGUGAAGACAACUAUAAAAUUUGUAAAAAAUAAAUAAGCGUGGUUGUGUUAUAUGUGUUCAAUUGCUGAAUAAAAGCUCCUGAUUUCA